UUGAAGAAGGCAGAUAAUAAGUCUUUGCAAUUAAGGUACUUUUUAUAAUUUAUGGGUUUAAUUUCCCUUUCUAAGUUGGUUAGUAAUUUAUGUAUAUAUGUAAUAACUAAAGUCAUGGCACCCCUGAAAUCCCUUUUCAGUGUGGCUGAUAAUCCUAAUCUAUGUAUGAAAUAUUCAUGCAAUAAGAAGAACAUUUUUGUACCACUUAUUGCAUCACUUCCAGCUUUAAUUGUCAUCCUUUUCAUUGUCCUUGGAUUUUGGAUAUCAAAAAGAAGACAGAAAGGUCCAACUCUAUAUAUCCCCACCAAAGACAAGUUGGAUUCUAGAAAAGAAGUAUGUUUGGAGUCAAAACAAAAAGCAUUCAAUUAUACUGAGAUUCUGAAUAUUACUGAUAACUUCAAAACAAUAAUUGGAGAAGGAGGAUUCGGAAAAGUUUAUCUUGGCCUUCUACAAGAUCACACUCAAGUUGCCGUCAAAUUGCUUUCGGUAUCUUCCAGACAAGGCUACAAAGAAUUCCAAUCAGAGGUAGAACUCCAUAGUAGUAUUCGUCAUAGGAACUUGGUGUCCCUCGUUGGCUAUUGUGAUGAAGGAGAGAUUAAAGCACUGAUUUAUGAAUACAUGGCAAAUGGAAAUCUCCAUCGACAUUUAUCAAAGCAACAUCCAAAUGUGUUGAAGUGGGAUGAGAGACUUAAUAUUGCAAUUGAUGUGGCGAAUGGACUAGAUUAUUUGCAUAAUGGUUGUAAGACACCUAUUGUACAUAGAGAUUUGAAGACUUCAAACAUAUUACUAGAUAAGUGGAAUCAUGCCAAGAUAUCUGAUUUUGGUCUUAGCAGAGCUUUUCCUAAUGAUGAUGAUUCUCACAUAUCAACUCGCCCUGCUGGCACACCAGGCUACAUUGAUCCAGAGUUUCAUAGGGUUGGAUACUUGAAUAAAAAGAGCGACGUUUAUAGCUUGGGAAUAAUUCUGCUUGAAUUGAUGACGGGUGAAGCUGCAAUCAUAGUAAGAGAUGAUGGUGCCAUUCACAUACUUGAAUGGGUUAGGCCCAUACUUGAAAGAGGUGAUGAUAUUCAAAACAUUGUUGAUUCAAGAUUGUUGCAACAAGGAGACUUUAAUGUUGACUCUUUAAGGAAAGUUUUUGAGAUUGCCUUGUGUUGUACAAGAGUUGCAGCUCAAAGACCAGACAUAAGUCAAGUCCUUUUAGACCUAAAAGAUUUCUUAUUUCUUGAAAUGGUUAGCAUUGCACCUCACAUGUCUAUGCAACUUGAAACUGAUGAAUUUUCUCUUGUAGGAAGGUAAUAAUAAUAAUAAUUACAUAUCAAAAUGUACAAAACCACAUAUAGAAGGGUCCUUAUUAAUUUAUGUACU